CUCUCUCUCUCUCUCUCUACCCGCAGUAGUCGGGAUCUUCUCCGUCAAGCUGAAGACAGUCGGCGGAGAUGAUAACGUGGCACGACCUCUACACCGUGUUGACGGCGGUGGUUCCGCUGUACGUUGCCAUGAUCCUCGCCUACGGGUCAGUGCGGUGGUGGAAGAUCUUCUCUCCCGACCAGUGCUCUGGAAUCAACCGCUUCGUCGCCAUCUUCGCCGUCCCUCUCCUCUCCUUCCACUUCAUCUCCACCAACAACCCCUACGCCAUGAACUUCCGCUUCAUCGCCGCCGACACUCUCCAGAAGGUCAUCAUGCUCUUUCUCUUGGCUCUCUGGGCCAAUUUCACUCGCUCCGGCAGCCUCGAGUGGAGCAUCACCAUCUUCUCCCUCUCCACGCUUCCCAAUACCCUCGUCAUGGGAAUCCCUCUCCUCAUCGCCAUGUACGGCGACUACUCCGGCUCCCUCAUGGUCCAGAUCGUAGUCCUUCAGUGUAUCAUUUGGUACACUCUUCUUCUCUUUCUCUUCGAGUACCGUGGAGCCAAGAUCCUUAUCAUGGAGCAGUUCCCUGAGACCGCCGCCUCCAUCGUCUCCUUCAAGGUAGAAUCGGACGUUGUCUCCCUUGACGGCCACGAUUUUCUGGAAACGGACGCAGAGAUAGGGGACGACGGUAAGCUGCACGUGACGGUGAGGAAGUCGAACGCGUCGCGGAGGUCGUUUUGCGGGGCGACGAUGACGCCUCGGCCAUCGAAUCUGACGGGAGCGGAGAUAUACAGCCUCAGUACCACUCCCAGAGGCUCCAAUUUCAACCAAUCAGACUUCUACUCCAUGAUGGGUUUCCCCGGCGGCCGUCUCUCCAAUUUCGGGCCGGCUGAUAUGUACUCCGUCCAGUCAUCCAGGGGUCCCACUCCACGGCCCUCCAACUUCGACGAGAACUCUUCCCCGAGAUUCGGGUAUUACCCGGGCGCUGCUGGAUCUUACCCGGCUCCCAACCCGGAGUUCACUAAAACAGGCAACAAGACCCAGAAAGAGCAGAGCAGCGGGAAGGGGAAUAACCAUGACGCCAAGGAGCUUCACAUGUUCGUUUGGAGCUCCAGCGGCUCCCCCGUUUCCGACCGGGCGGGUCUCCACGUUUUCAACGAACAACCUGCAAGAUCCGAUCAGGGCGCCAAGGAAAUUCGGAUGCUGGUGCCCGAUCAUCCCGAGAACGGCGAAACAAAAGCGAGCGGAGACUUUGGAGAAGAGGAGGCGGAAAGAGGGAAGGAGGGGACGACGGAGCUGCAACCAAAAGCAGGCGGAGGAAAGCAGAUGCCGCCGGCGAGCGUGAUGACUCGUCUCAUACUGAUAAUGGUGUGGAGGAAGCUCAUAAGGAACCCAAACACUUACUCAUCCCUCAUCGGCCUCAUCUGGGCUCUCGUUGCUUUCCGCUGGCAUGUCACCAUGCCUAAGAUCAUUCAGCAGUCCAUUUCCAUCCUCUCUGACGCCGGCCUCGGAAUGGCAAUGUUCAGUUUGGGGCUGUUUAUGGCGCUGCAACCAAAGAUCAUCGCUUGCGGUAACUCCGUGGCAACAUUCGCCAUGGCCGUCAGAUUCCUGACGGGGCCUGCCGUCAUGGCUAUUUCCGCCAUGGCCAUAGGUUUGCGCGGCAACCUUCUCCGUGUGGCCAUCGUCCAGGCAGCGCUGCCUCAAGGAAUUGUGCCAUUUGUGUUUGCGAAGGAGUAUAACGUUCAUCCGGCAAUCUUGAGUACAGGGGUAAUAUUCGGAAUGCUUAUUGCGUUGCCGAUCACGCUCGUAUAUUACAUCCUUCUCGGGUUGUAAGCACUGGAAGGUGAUGAAGUGGAGUUGGACUUUGGGACAAGCAAGCACUUGGGGUGUUGAUCAACUACAGAGGAAGAUAGUCUUCAAAUGCCAACCAAAAAAAGGCCUUUUAUUGUCCGACAUUUUAUGGAGAUUUACUGAGUGCAUGACUUUGGAGAAGGCUCUGGAGGGGAGAAAAACAAGAUACAACCCCCCAUGAAGAAGGAACUUUUUUUUUAUUCUUAUUUUUUUUCAAAAUGUCUAAUGCGUUCUAAAUUAGGUUUUGGCGGGUUGCUGUUAAAAUCCUUGGACAACUGGCAUUGGUUUCUUCUCAAAUCUAUCCUUUUGUAGGUUCUUAAUUAAUACAAAAAUGUAGGUUUUUUUUA